AUGAGUAAGGCUCAGUCACCAUAUGAUUCGCUACGGCACAUACCUCAGUACUACGACAACACCGACUCGCACAACUCAGCACUCAACCUUAUUCUCGCACUGCGACCCGAAUGGAAAGAUUCCAAAGACACGAUUGAGUUCGUUCGCUUUACCGAUGGCAUCACGAACACGCUCCUAAAAGCGGUGAACAAGCUCCCGGGCCUUUCAAAGGCGGCGAUAGAUGAGGAUGCCAUAUUGCUCCGAGCAUACGGGAAGGGCACCGAUGUGCUCAUCGACCGCGAGAAGGAGACUCGCUCCCACUGCCUCUUGGCCCGUCACAAUCUCGCGCCCGCCCUCCACGCUCGGUUUGAGAACGGUCUCCUUUACAAAUACGUUUCAGGCACAGUGUGUGCACCUGCCGACCUGGGUCGACCAGAAGUAUGGCGAGGGGUAGCUCAGAGGCUGGGAGAAUGGCAUGCAACAUUACCUAUUUCGAGUAUUAGCAGCACGUGCCCUGCACCUUCACAACUAUCACCACACAACAAACGUGCUUCACUGGUAGACAUGGCACAACUUACACCAGGGAAGCCCAUUCCCAAUGUGUGGACCACGAUGCAGAAAUGGAUCCUUGCGCUUCCAACAAGCACCACUGCGCAAUCGACCCGACGAGAGCAACUGAUGACCGAACUCCAGAGCCUGACACAGCUACUAGUCGAUACUCCGGGCGUCUGCGGUGCGAACCAGUUCGUAUUCGCGCAUUGCGACCUGCUGUCUGGCAACGUGAUCAUCGAACCAUCAGCUUCAUCAGCUUCACCCUCCCGCCGAUCCAGUGCGUCGAGCGCAUCGAACGAAUCAGAAACCGCUGCAACGGUGACCUUUAUCGAUUACGAAUACGCCACGCCUGCGCCGGCAUCUUUCGACAUCGCCAACCACUUCGCCGAAUGGGGUGGUUUUGACUGUGAUUACUCUGCGAUGCCUACACGGAGAACUCGCCGUGCCUUCCUCCGCGAGUACCUGCGAAGCUUCAGCACACACCAGAACCGAACAUACAACGAGUCGGACUUGGACGAGCUGUUUGAACAGGUGGACAAAUUCAGGGGCGUCCCUGGCUUCUACUGGGGCAUCUGGGCUCUGAUCCAGGCACAAAUCUCCCUCAUCGACUUCGACUACGCGAGCUACGCAGAAGUCAGACUAGGCGAAUACUGGGCAUGGAAGGAACAAAAGACCACCGAAAGGGAGAAGAGAUGGGCACAAGAGGAGUGAGAAAAGAAAAAACACGCUCAUGGAUACCGCGUGUACAUCAUCAAUCUGGGGUUCAACAAGAGAUUGUUUCAUGGGAAAGGCGUCAGGGUUCGUCAUCCCCUUCACAUCGGCAGCAUAGAGCGUGGUUUUUCUGUCCUGUCUUCUUUUUCAUCUCUUACUAUUUUAUUAAUACCACAUGGAGCGCAUUUCAACCAUGCAAGGAAAACCCUCAUAAAAAUUGGUGGUAGAUAGAUAGCAGCCACAGCACAAACAUCCCACAAGCGACACGAAAGUAUGAUGCCCUUACGCACCAAAAGCCCAUGAGCAGCUAUUAUCAGAUGUACUACUGUACGGCAGCGGCAU